AUGGCGGUGCCCAGACGUUGCAACAUGGUCGCUUGCUGCUGGACGCGCUCCUCUCCUCUGCUCCUGCUGACUCCAUUCGGGGAGAGACCUGUAGCUGUUCUGACCCUCCAACCCAACUGGAAACAGAUAUUCAUUGGAGAGACUGUUACUAUGAGAUGUGACAUACAGGGAGGAGGAGACUCUGACUGGCAGUAUGAGUGGCAUAACAACAGGAAGUUAGUCUACUCUAAUAAAAAGCCUGAGUACAGAAUCAGUCCUGUCUACACGUCUAACAGUGGUUCAUAUACCUGUCAGGGUGUAAAGGGAAACAACAUCUCCAAGACCAGUGAUGCUGUAAAACUAACUGUGUCUGCUCUGCCCGUGGCCACAUUGAGUGUCUCUCCUCAGGGUCCCCUCUACUCUGAAGAGACAGUCACUCUGCAGUGUGACAUACCAGACUACACAGACUGGACGUACUACUGGUACAUAAACAACCAACAGUUUUCCAGUCAGACCAGUGAAACCAUCACUAUCUCUCUCCCUGACCAAGCUGGUCAGUACCAGUGUCUGGGGAAAAGGACAAGGCGCCCCCAGUGGUCAAAUCUCAGCUCAUCUCUCCCCAUCAUCGUCACUGCUCUACCCACGGCUUCAGUGAGUAUCUCUCCUCAGGGUCUCCUCUACUCUGGAAAGACAGUCAGCAUGCAGUGUGACAUAUCAAUGUACACAGACUGGACGUACAGCUGGUUUAUAGGCAACAACCUCAAAUCCAAUAAUCAGCCGUCGACUACACUGACUUCAGACAAGGAGGACGUAUUCACAGGAGACAGUGUGACACUGAGCUGUACUGUAGAGUCUUCUGGAUGGAAGUUUUACUGGUACAGACACAGACCAGACUCUACACCAGUAACCACAACCUCUGGAUACUCCUACACACUCAGCUGGGUCAGUGUCUCUGAUGGAGGACAGUACUGGUGCAGAGCUGGGAGAGGAGACCCAGUCUACUACACCCUGUACAGUGACCCAGUCCAGAUAAACAUUACUGAGAGACCUGUUGCUGUUCUGACCCUCCAACCCAACUGGACCCAGAUAUUCAUUAGAGAGACUGUUACUAUGAGAUGUGACAUACAGGGAGGAGGAGACUCUGACUGGAACUACAGAUGGUAUAAGAAUAGUCAGUCAGUGAUCUCCUUUAACACAAAGCCUGAGUACACAAUCAGUCCUUCCUACGGGUCUAACAGUGGUUCAUAUACCUGUGAGGGUGUAAAGGGAAACAAGAUCUCCAAGACCAGUGAUGCUGUACAUCUGAAUGUGUCUGUGGCUGAACCCUGGAGACUCAGUGACUCUGAGCUGUGA